AUGUCUGAUCGCCAAUUUGCGGGUCCUGGUGACUCGCUCUCCGACACCCAGGAGACGCAGCUCCAGCUCGUUGGCUACGUGUCCAGUUCCCUGUCGCUCACAGGAUCCCUCUACGUGCUGCUCUACUUUACGCACGUCUAUUGGAGGUGCACCCCGCAGCUGCCUCGGGUUAUUCAACACCGAGCUUCGCGUCGCGCUCGUACGGACUUUAUGGAUAAACUCGUGGUCGUGCUCGCCCUCUUUGAUCUUGUCGCGAUUGCAGCGCGCGCAGUCGGACGGAGCGUCGUGCACGACGUGGCGCUUUGCAAUACACAAGCGGCACUCCUUCAAACCGCCACCUUGGCGAGUUGUCUCUGGAUCUGCUGCACGGCGUUUAACCUCUAUCGCUGGAUCGUGGGCGGCGAGUCCGACGCAACGCGACAGCGAAGGUUCCCGGUUUUCGUGGCCAUCGCAGUGAUCCCUGGGGCAGCUUUAGCUGCGUUCCAUGUCUUGACAAACAAGUAUGGUGACGCAACUUUUUACUGCUGGCUGGAUGAGAUCCGGUACAUGUUUUUCAGCUUCUACGUCUUUUAUCUCCUCAUGGUCGUGUUCAACCUUGUGCUGCUUGCACUCAUCCACUUGAACAUCAAACAGCGAGUGGCAAGACACGACACGGUGGAGGCCGACACAUCGUCGAUGCUGAUUCGCCGCAAGUUGGUGCUCCACAUUGUUGUCUUUAUUGCCCAUCGCACACCAAUGAUGAUCUAUCGAAUGUUCGAAGCUGGAGGGAUGGUAAAUUUUAAAGUAGGCCUCACCGUGCAGGUAAUUCAAGACCUCAACGGACUUUCCAACGCAAUCGUAUACGGAGGCAUGUGCCGUCGAUAUGCAAAGAAGGAUAUACAACUGCGUGAUGGCGAUGCCAUCAGCUUACCCUCACCGACAGAAAGCAUGAUGGGUGGACUCCGUGUAAAGAAGUCAUCUGCGAUCAUGGAAGAUGAUCAAGAAACUAUGUUUCGUCCAUCCGCGAGCAUUGGAACUGCGACAGUCCGAUCAGGAUUUAUAGUCCCUUGCGAGUCGGACAGUGAAGAUUCAAGUGCAGACAGGAGUACUUACCCUUGCAAGAGCAAGGUCCUAUCCCAGAAAGGUUACAGCUAUAGUUAUCGUGAUUGGCAUCAGCGUUUGCUCAAGCAUUUUUCGCUACAUCAUGCACUACCUCCUGGAGGUUUUGAUUGCGAUACUCCGUUUGAGCCGAAAAAGAUUGCGAUCUUCGCGUCGACAUUUAACAUGGGUGAGAAGGAUGUUCUCGAUAGCGAAUUGCGCCAGUGGAUACCGCUUCGAAAAGAUGUGUACGUAUUCGGAGUGCAAGAGUGUAUGAACCUUGCGGACUUGCAAAUGAAGAUACUGCGCCACCUCCUUUCCGGAUCAAGCAGCAAAUAUGUGCAUUACUCCCGCGAGAUCGGUAAACGAGCUACAGCGUUGGGCUACCACGGAUACAUUGCUCUAUGCAUUUUUGUACGAUCGUCAGCUGUAGCAUCGGGGCGAUUUCGGAUAAUACACGGGCAGCGAAGAAACCGAAAUGCCCAGGAAGUGUUCCGCGGCAAGUCACUUUUGCUCUUCGGCCGCGCAUCCAACAAAGGAGCCGUCGGUAUGUCUUUUCGGUUCGAUGGUACGUCAUUCGCGUUCGUGACCUGUCACUUAGCGUCCGAUUCGUCAAGCUUGACGCGGGCCAAGCGAAAGAAAGACCAUACCACAAUUUUGGAAGCAAGUGACAGCUUGCUGGAGGCAAGUAUGGAAAAUGACAACGGACGGAGUAGCGGCGGGGACUGUAGUAGCAAAGCUUCGAUUUCUAACGGUGCUACAGUGAAAGUACACCAACCACCUUCUAAAGUGGAGCGCCGGAACCGAGACGCGAUGGAAAUUUUACAACAACUGUACUUAGAUGAAGAAGACUAUGGAUUCGGAUUCUCGCAUUUACACCACCACAGCUUUAUUCUUGGCGAUUUUAAUUAUCGGAUGACACGCAAAGGGGCAACGCCGAUGGACAUGCUGAAGCUACUUGUAAAUGCUGGCAUUGAACGCUACCAAACAUGCGAAGAUACGCACGCUCUGGUUUUGUCGUCGCCGUGUUACUCCCCAUCAAUUUCACAUGCAUCGGUGUGUGAGCUGUCUGGUCACAAUGAUGAAGCUGGUUUUCGACACUGCAUGACACCAAAAGCACGGAGUCUAGCUCGGAUUUCGUCAACUAGGGUGACGGUGAGAGAGCGAGUGGGCGCAUUUCCGAGAAAAGGUCACAGUAGUUCGGUGCCAUUUCAACUGCAAUCGCUCGUUGAGGAGCAUGAUGAGCUGUCCCACUUGUGCCGCUCACAGCAGCUUUUUCACGGAUUUCAGGAAAAGGCGAUCACAUUCUUUCCAACUUUCCGGCGGAUACGAGGACAAACUUUGCGGAAGCCACUAGAUGCACUCAUGCUUCAGCAGAACUACUCACUCGUCGCAGCUCACGGUGGAUACAGAGUACCGUCUUACACGGAUCGCAUCUUCUACAGCUCGCUCGCAGGUACACAGAACGCACUUCACUGUCUUUCUUACGAUUCUUGCGAGCUAGUUACCUCAUCGGACCACAAGCCUGUGUCUGCUUGCUUCGAGGUGGCGUUGCUAGCAUCAGCACAAAAACCGUUCGUACCUUCACGAAUGGCGGAUGAUUCAGCGUGGUUUGGCAACUCGACAGAUACCAAGGCUACAGUGUUUCAUCCUAACCCCUUGGCAAGUGCCAUGGCUGCUGCUCGAAUGGAAGACAUACGUGGUGCGUGCGAACUCCGUCUAAGAAUCGAGUUUCGUUCAAUCCACUGGACUGAUACACUCGACUCGGCAUUGUUUGAUCGCGCUGAACAUGUGCAAUUUGGCUUCCUUUUUCCACUGCCGUGCGAAGACGUUUUUGCGCCCCAGCGAAAGUUACAUGAAGUGGCUGAGCAGUUGACGUUUGGCGGAGCCGACACAGUCGACGCGGACUUUGCGUCUACGGUCACACCAAUCUCCAAUUUUCACACCUUGAAGUGGCAUGAGUUUGUCAACGGUGGGUUACGGUAUCAUACCAUGGCAGGGGCUGCCGGCCACAAGCACGUGGCUGUGAUUCUUCGUGGCCGAAGGCGCACAGUACCCAGGAGUGCACCGGGGUCUUGUUUGAUGGGAGGAGGUAGCUGUUCACAGUUACUGCAUAGCAGCUCGACCUCGCUCGUCUCUUCGCACUCUUCAGCUGCGCUUCAUAACGGCGUGAUAUCGUCUGCAUCUUUCUCAUCGGAGCAAUUAUUCGGACACGGCACCUUUUGCGCUGAAGAUAUGAUGAAGAAACGCGACGUUUGUGUGCCGCUGACAUUGGGCGGAAGGCUACUUGGUCGUCUUCAGCUACGGGUGUCGUUGCAGUUGCGUCAGAAAUGA